AGCCCCCUGCUUGCUACUGGUUCAGCAGUUCUCCACUGGUUCAGUUGUCCCUCGUUCAGCUGUCACUGGGAUUUGGCAGGUGGCUUGGUGGCGUCCAAUAAAUGACGCUCUCCCACCACGCCCAGUAAACUGUCGCUGGUAGGCCCUUUGGCAACCCUAGGACCCAGACUGAGACAGGGAUAAUAAGGGAUGAGGGGCGCAAACUGGACCACCUACAUCAACAUGCCUACAAAUUUGCCCGGGCUUGUUCCGGAUUCCACAAUUAAUAAAACUGCUGCUCUACUUUGACAGCUGGGCGCAGCUUAUAGGGCCUUGGGCGCAGCUGGGGGAGGAGAGGGAGGGGGCGAGGCGGACCGUGUGCCCUUGUAGCACGGAGACACGCCGUGCCGAGUCGCCGACCCAGCCGGGCGAGCGGGCCAGCGCGCGGCGCGUCGGGCCAGCGGCGGCUGAGUGAUGAGAUGCCGCCGGCAGUCAGUCGGUGAGCGGCGCUGGCGGUGGUGUGGCGCGGGGGGUGUUUGUGUGGAUGGGACUGCGCUGUGUUGUUUUUAGUUCGUGUGACCUUUGAACUUAAGUCUGAACCGGCGCGAGGCGUCAAACCGGAGUGAGCAGAGGCUGCAAGAGAAGGAAGAAGAAGGGACUUCAUACCAGCGCCGGCACGCGGCCGUCUAACCCGAGGCAAUGGCGCACGAAGAUCUGCGAGACGAGGAGCGCGCUGACGACGGGCGCGACGCGUCGUCGGCCGCCGGCAGCGACGGCAGCUCGGGCGACACGCCGCGGAUCAUGAAGCCGCUGUCGCCGCAGCCGCCCACCGUGCUCGACACGUACUUCGCCGACAACCGGGUGGAGGUGCCGCCCGGAGAGGAGGAGAAAUGGUUCAGCUGGCGUAAGCUGUGGGCCUUUACUGGCCCGGGGUUCCUGAUGAGUAUCGCCUACCUGGAUCCCGGCAACAUCGAGUCCGACCUUCAGUCGGGCACCGUGGCCAGCUACAAGCUGCUGUGGAUGCUGCUCUCUGCCACCGUUCUCGGUCUGAUGGCGCAGCGUCUGGCCGCUCGGCUGGGCGUGGUGAGCGGCAUGCACCUGGCCGAGGUGUGUCACCGCCAGUACCCCAAGCCGGCGCGGCUCGCCCUCUGGAUCAUGAUCGAGGUGGCCAUCAUCGGCUCCGACAUGCAGGAGGUCAUCGGCACCUCCAUCGCGCUCUACAUGCUCUCCAAUAAACUGAUUCCUCUCUGGGGCGGAGUGCUCAUCACCGUCUGUGACACGUUCACCUUUCUCCUGGUGGACAAGUACGGCAUGCGCAAGCUGGAGGCCUUCUUCUGCUUCCUCAUCGCCGUGAUGGGCAUCAUGUUCGGCUAUGAGUACGUGGUCGUGUCGCCGCCCCAGGCGGAUGUCAUCAGCGGCAUGUUCAUACCGGGCUGCUCGGGCUGCGACAGCCGCUCGCUGCUGCAGGCGGUCGGUAUUAUCGGAGCCGUCAUCAUGCCGCACAACCUCUACCUGCACUCGGCGCUCGUCAAGUCUCGGCACGUGGACCGGACGCGUCGCUCUCGGAUCCGCGAGGCCAACUACUACUACUUUAUCGAGUCGUGUCUGGCGCUGCUGGUCUCCUUCAUCAUCAACGUCUUCGUGGUGGCCGUGUUCGCCUACGGCCUCUUCAACAAGACCAACCAGGACGUGGUGGACGUGUGCAAGGGCACCGGACUGGAUACUAUGUAUCCGGACACGUUCCCCAACAACACGGAGCUGGUGGACGCCGACCUGUUCAAGGGCGGCGUGUUCCUGGGCUGCCAGUUCGGCGUGGCGUGCCUCUACAUCUGGGCGGUGGGCAUCCUGGCGGCGGGACAGAGCAGCACCAUGACCGGAACCUACUCGGGACAGUUCGUCAUGGAGGGUUUUCUGAACCUGACCUGGCCCAAAUGGAAGCGAGUUCUCGUGACCCGAACCAUCGCCAUCCUACCCACGUUCUUCAUUGCUGUGUACAAGGACAUUAACGACCUAACUGGGAUGAACGACCUGCUGAACGCGCUGAUGAGCCUGCAGCUGCCGUUCGCGCUGCUGCCCACCCUGACGUUCACCAGCUCCGAGCAGAUCAUGGGAGAGUUCCGGAACGGCACCCCGAUGAAGAUAGCGGCCAGCGUGCUCUCGGCGCUGGUGGUGGGCAUUAACAUCUUCUUCGUGGUGUCGUACGUGCGUGACACGCUGCCGGCCGUGUGGUGGGCCGACCUGAUGCUGGCCGUCGGCGGCGUGGCCUACGUCGGCUUCAUCGGCUACCUCACCACCCUGCUGUACGGCGCCAUGGGAGGACCCGGCUUCGACCGGAUCAGGUGGGCCGUGCGUCGGAGGUUCCGCGGCUACGAAGACCUUGACCGCAGUUAAAGCUGGCGACGCCUAGCGGAAGCUUCACAGGGACUAAUACACUGUGCACACAUUGUGUUCAAUGAUUCCGUCCAGAGCCACUCGUGGGACGAGGAGGGCGUCACGGAAGCGCCCAUCUCCUGCACUGGAGGGAGCGGCGACACCGGGCCGGGCGCCGGCUCAUCGUCCGGUGCCGGCGACACUGCCACAGCGGGCCCUGUCGGCGGACAGUAGCGGUCGACAGUGCCUCUCUGACGGGCGCGGCUGGCAGUGCUGCAUUCGAGGAGGGAGGUUGGCCGCCAGUACUCCGCAUCGGGUCUGUCAGAGAGCUACGGCGCUACACUACGCAAACACUCGGAGGCAUCGUCGAAGUCCGACUGAGUGACCAUUUAUUUGGGCUUUUUAGGUACUGCUGAAUGACUUCUUGAUUACCUAGUCCUCUCGCUGGAAAAUGCAAACAGCCGGUUUUUCGAGGAUAGAGCUAGAAUUAAUUUUGAUUGUUUUGUAAACAAUGAACUGACGUUACCACUUCAUGCCUCCUAUUGGUAUUUGGUAGAAACACAGGCAGCUCAUACUUGCCUGUAACCUGAUUCGGACACCCGAGGGCUUGCACCCGCACGAUAAUGACAACUCCUGAAUCAAUGCAGCAUUCAAUUGUUCCCGUUCUCAGGCUGAUUUGAUCCCGCAGCUACCAGUACUUGCUCUUCUUGUCUGCUAACGGAAGGGCGUGCACACAAGUGAAGUUCUAAUAACCACUUAGCGCUCGUGACGAAUUACGUAACUAGGUGUCGUAGUCCAAACGUGCCCGUAUUCAUACCUCAGAUAAUGUGAUGUUUUUGAACAGACACUUUACCUGCUUCAACGUUCCGUCGUAUUUUUAAACCAAACCCACUACUUGCCGUUAUGGGGAGCGGCGCCCGAAGAGCUGCCGUUUCUGCUGCGAGUGCUGCUGCCGAGUCUGAUCAAACAGAGUAUUUUGUCCGCGCGCCGCGCCGCGGUGCCGUCGCCGCCGCACCCUUGUGACCUGCUGGGCUGUGAUAAUCGACAGUGGCUCGGUACGCAGCCAGUGCCCCGGUGACCGGGACACCAGACAUUGCCGCGACCUGCCGUCGACCGGACGCCGAGAGUACGCGACUGGUCGGCCGCCCACUCUUCCAAACCGGCUGCCUUGUAUAGUGUGUACAUUGCCAUCGUGGUGCGGCGUGUGUUGUCAUUUGUCGAUUUAAUCGGUUUCCUUGUUUAGCGUGUAUGUCGCCUCCCUAUUUGCUGGCGUUUUAUAUGCUGAAUGGUGGGCCUGUCGGUUUAUAUCGGAUGCUACUUAAGUGUGUGCAAUGGUGAGGGUCCUGGGAUAUGCCUGUGUCUGAUAUUAUAUCCACUCGUAGUGUCUUUUAUAGUUAGUCACCUACAGUACUGGCUAUCAGGAACUUGUAUCGAUAAAGGAUUUGCUCUUUUCAUUUUUGCAGCACUUGCAUCGACAGCUGGUUUCUUGCUCACGACGUCUUUAUCCACAAUUGUAUUGGUAUAACGUCUUCUAUAUUCUAUUUAAUAAUGGAUAUGGUUUUACAUUUUGUGUGCAGACUGCAGAAUCCUUCCAACUAACGUAGCUGGCGUGGUGAAAGGACAUGGUACAAUGUCAUGAUCGCCUGUCAAUAAACGGUACAUGACUCGAAAAAA